UCUGCUAACUGCUACUGCAGUUAGUGCAGGCAUCUGGCUGCAUUUACAGAAGUCAGAGCCCGGGCUCCUUUAAAAUGUGUUUGAUUUGGUUGUUUGUUUCACGGUUGCAUUUGAAUUGAGAGAGGGGUCGGGGGAUUUAAGCAAGAAAAAGAUUAUUUUCCCUUCAGCUUGUCACCUUAGAGUGGGGUUUCUUUUGUUUUCUUCCUCUUAUCUUGAAAUUGAAAGAAAUCUCACUUCCAAAGAGUUGAUUAAUGAAUACAGCAGGGGAAACUGCUUAGAGCGCUGCAGCAGAGAGGUAGGCAAGGGACGGGGAGAGCUGGGCUAGGAAGUUUGCAAAUUGCAAUCGGUGCGCUCCUGCACAGGUACUACAAGUGGAUAAACAAUGUGCAGUGCUCUGAGCCCAAAGGCACGAGGACCUGGCCUUUCUGAUAUGCAUCAGUACAGCCAGUGGCUGGCCAGCAGACAUGAGGCCAACUUAUUACCGAUGAAAGAGGAUCUAGCGCUGUGGCUCACGAACCUUCUGGGUAGAGAGAUAACUGCAGAAACUUUUAUGGAGAAGUUGGAUAAUGGUGCCUUGCUCUGUCGACUAGCUGAGACCCUGCAAGAGAAAUUUAAAGAAAACAGUUUUGAUGCAAACAAGCCUGGCAAAAUCCUGCCAGUGCGGAAGAUUCCAUGCAAAGCCAAUGCUCCUUCAGGGUCUUUUUUUGCACGAGACAACACAGCAAAUUUCUUAUCCUGGUGCAGAGAUGUAGGGGUGGACGACACAUGCCUAUUUGAAUCAGAAGGCUUGGUCCUCCACAAGCAGCCCAGAGAAGUGUGUCUUUGUUUGCUGGAACUUGGAAGGAUUGCAGCCAGGUUUGGUGUGGAACCUCCUGGGUUAAUAAAGCUGGAGAAAGAGAUUGAACAAGAGGAAAUACUUUCAGCCCCUCUUCCAUCUCCUUCACCCUCCCCAACAAAGUCUCCGGGGAAAAAGAGCACAGGAAAACUGUUGGAUGAUGCUGUCAAACACAUUUCUGAAGAUCCUCCUUGUAAAUGCCCCAAUAAAUUCUGUGUGGAGCGUCUUUCACAAGGACGGUACAGAGUUGGAGAGAAGAUCCUCUUUAUUAGGAUGCUGCACAACAAACAUGUGAUGGUUCGUGUAGGAGGAGGAUGGGAGACUUUUGCAGGGUACUUGCUGAAACAUGACCCAUGCCGAAUAAUGCAGAUCUCUCGGGUGGAUGGGAAAACCUCUCCAAUCCAGAGCAAGUCUCCGACCAUCAAGGACAUGAAUCCAGACAAUUACUUGGUUGUUUCUGCCCAUUACAAAACCAAGAAGGAGAUUAAGUGAAAUUAGCUUCUCAUUUGACUGGGACUAUAUAUAUGUAGGUCCAAAUUAUCUUCUUGAGUGUAGUAAAUUUAGUUCAUGCUUUGAAAGGACUUCAGAAAAUUUAACAGACUGAAAAUGGCAACCUGCUUUGAAGAUCUUUGAACUGUAGAACUAUUUAUUUCUAGUACUGUACCUUUUAUAGCAAAUUAUCCUUGAUAGGUUAAUUACUACAAUCAGAUAAGAAAUAGACAUAUAUUUUUAGCCAAAUCAUUACUCUUAAAUAUGUGAAUGUAUACUUAGAAUGAUUUAAAGGAUGUGGUUCACGUUAAAGGGAAAACCGCAGUACAAUAUAUUUGUAUGAAAAACCUGUGACAUUGAGUCCAUGACUGUUUUUAGGUUAGUUGGAAAAGAUAUAUGUAGGCUGAGUGUGCAGAGUGAUAAAAGCUAUUUGCUAAUGCUUGCUGCCUACAAACUAAAAUCAAAAUGGACUAUUUUUUAUAGGCUGCAAUAAUAAGCAAUAUUUUUUAAGAAGGAUUAUUGUGCGCUAUACAGUUCCCUAAAAAAGCCACUUUAAAAAGUUUGUAUAUCCUUUGACAAAGUCAAUUUUAAGAUCCAGAUCCACAAAGGGAUUUAGACACCUCCACCCCAGAUUCAGGCACCUAAAUCGCAGAUUUAGGCACCACUGCAAUACGUGAAACCUGCUUGGCUGCCACCUAAUCCUUUGGGUGCCUAAACUCAAUUUCUGUUAUAAAAGUUCCCUAGGCACCUAAGUUCCUGCCUCCGGGCAUGCACACAACCUCACGUCAGACAUCUGUAUACCUAUCUCAUGCGCCAGCAGGGUCCUCAGAUGAGGCUAAGAUAGGCGUUCCCCUGCCUAGCUCACUCACAGCAUGCCUACCAAAUUGGGGUACAUUCAAAGUCCCACCGGCUGAGGAAGUGGUGGCAAUGCCAUCUCCCCCCUUAAAACAUUUAGCUCAGUAGUUAGAGCAUUCACCUGGGAUGUGGGAGACCUGUGUUCAGUUGCCCCCCUCUGCCUUUUUGGAGGAAAGGAUUUUUGAAGAGGGGUCUCCCACCACACAGGUAAGUGCCUUAACCACAAUGGGAUGUUCUGAUGUGGGACUCCCUAAAACUCUCCUGUCGAAGCUGUUCCACUUUGGAAAAAUAAUUAGUCAUUGGAGCACAGGUAGUGGACCCUGGGUCUCCCAUCUCCCAAGGGAGUGCCCCCAUUUCCAGGUUCAUUCUCAGUUUAGCACUCUGGCCCAAUGAUUAAGCAUUUAUACAAGGUAGAACAGCUUCAACAGGAGAAACUGAGGAAGUCACACAUCAGGCUAUCCUGUAGCCCAGUGGUUAGGGCAUGUCCCCAAGAGGUGGGAGCCCCCUGUUCAAAAUCCUCUCUCUCCACCAGACAGAGAGAGACGUUGAAUGCAGCUCUCCCAUAUGCUGGGCAAAUGAUCUAAUCACUAGCUAUAAGGUAGGCAGGACCCCCACCUCUAUCAGUGUUUCUUGCAAGAAAUGGCUUAGGUACCUAAUCCCAGGAGAAGGAAAUGGCUCACAAGCAGAGAUAGGACUGCCCUACAGCCUAGACUUAGCUGCCUAACUUAGUAGAGAGGUGAGGCUUAACACACACGCCUCUUCUCAACAUCUCCUUAGUUUAGGUGGCUCCCCACCUGGCAUGCUGUUUUUUGUGAAUCCCAUUCUUAGGUGCUUAACUCUCUGUAUGCCUUUUAUAGAGAGUGUAGGCGCCUAACUCAGGGUUUGUGGAUUUCAGUGAUUUUUCUAGGUGCCUAAAAGUUAGUCUUUGUAAUGCUGACCAUUGGAACGCCUAAGUUCCUUUGUGGAUCCAGGCCUGAAUCCACCUGGUCCUUUCAUGGGUACCCAAUGAUGGGAGGAUAUAAGAAGCAAUGGUUGAUUACACCAGGGGUUGUAAAUGACAAUGCACAAAGGGAUGUAGUAAUGACAGUGCAGACUGUGUGCAUGGGCACUCCGGUUUAACUAUGUUGGUCGGGUGUGAAAAAUCCACUCCCCUGAGCAGCGCUGUUAAACCAACUUAAUUCUCCAUGUCGACAGUGCUAGGUCAUCAUAAGAAGUCUUCCACCAACCUAGCUACCAUCUCUUGGGGAGGUGGAUUACCUAUGCUGAUAGUAGAAUGCCUCCUAUCAACGUAUCAGAGGGGUCAACGUAGGUAGUAUGUAGACUGAAACGCUAUAGUAAUGCAGGCGCAGCAGCACAGCUGUAAUGCUAUAGCAUUUUAAGUGUAGACAAGCCUUGAGUCAGAAUGCCACCUGGUGCUUCCCUUGUGGCAAGUCACCUUCAUGCUGCCCCUUACUUUGGGUUUGACUGAAAGGCACAGUCUAGCCCUACUUUUAGUCAAUUAAUUGGGUCAAAUAUGAAAAGAUCCAUUGCCCACUCUUUAGAGCAA